CGCCGCCGCCGUUGCCGUCGCCGCAGGUCACGGCCCCGCUAGGCGACCGCGGCCCCGCCGCACCGGAGCAGUGGUACAGGCAUGGAUGGGAAGAAAUGCAGUGUAUGGAUGUUUUUACCUCUUGUAUUUACUUUGUUUACUUCAGCUGGAUUGUGGAUAGUGUACUUUAUAGCUGUUGAAGACGAAAAAAUAUUACCAUUAAAUUCAGCUGAAAGGAAAUCUGGCGUGAAGCAUGCACCAUAUAUAAGUAUUGCAGGGGAUGAUCCUCCUGCGAGCUGUGUGUUUAGUCAAGUGAUGAACAUGGCAGCCUUCCUAGCCCUUGUGGUAGCUGUUCUGCGCUUCAUACAACUGAAACCAAAGGUUUUAAACCCAUGGCUGAAUAUUAGUGGAUUGGUGGCGCUGUGUCUGGCUUCCUUUGGAAUGACCUUACUUGGUAAUUUUCAGCUCACAAAGGAUGAAGAAAUCCAUAAUGUGGGAACCUCCUUGACUUUUGGAUUUGGCACAUUGACCUGCUGGAUCCAGGCUGCAUUGACACUCAAAGUCAACAUCAAGAAUGAAGGACGGAAAGUUGGAAUUCCGCGAGUUAUUCUGUCAGCAUCUAUCACUCUCUGUGUAGUCCUUUACUUCAUCCUCAUGGCCCAAGACAUCCACAUGUACGCAGCCAGGGUCCAGUGGGGCCUGGUCAUGUGCUUCCUGUCUUACUUUGGCACCUUUGCCGUGGAGUUCCGGCACUACCGCUACGAGAUUGUGUGUUCUGAGUACCAGGAGAAUUUCCUGAGCUUCUCAGAAAGUCUGUCAGAAGCUUCUGAAUAUCAAACCGACCAGGUGUAACCCAUCAGGUUCUCURUGCUGGUGAGGUGGGUGUGGCAAUGGGGAAGGGCCCGUAGGACACACUCACCGGACGUGAGGCAUCACCUCUUGACACAUUGCCCACACACACACAUACACACGUUCGUGGCCACAUUUGCCAAAUGAGCUUUUCAGGGCGAGUUAUUUCUUUAAUGAAAAAGCACAAGCCCUUCCUUAUGUGUCAAAAUUCACGCUGUUACACUGAAAAUAUAUGCACGACAGAGCCAGAAGCUUGUGCAUGAUCACUCCUUGGUCCCCUCCUCCUCUCAGUAUGCCUUGCUCGUCUUAUCCUCUUUCCAACACCAUCUCCCCACCACAGCGGGGGUGGGAGGGGGGAGGCAAAUGGAACAAGAGAAUAAUGCCAACUCCCUAAGUUGCCUUCAGGUCCAAAGGGCUUGGAACUAGCUCACGAGGAAGCUGUGAAUCUGGCUCUAGUUCUUGAAUGGAUGAGCGUCACCAAAUUGGAUGGACACUGUGUGGAGAUCUGGCCCUGUGUGGCCUGGAAAAGGCACAGCUAUCACUUUCCACCAAUGCACUCUUCAUCGUUGUUCAGUGGUCGGCUGUGUGGGUCUCAGGAAAGGAACAUGCUAGACUGGAAGAGGGGAGCCCACCUGGAUGAUCUGGACUUGAUGGACUGUGCCUGAGAAAGAUCACCACUUGUGAAUACUUACUAGGGACACCGUCUGCCAGGCAUGGCCCUGGAUGAGGGCAGCGAGGCUGUGGUUUAGUUUUUGCUUCCGUGGUAUGUCAUGUACAGUUUUUGUUUUCUCUUUCAUGUUUACCUUUUUAAAGUAACUCUCAUGGGUCUCACUUCAUGGACAAAGAAAAUGUAGACCAAAGGCAAGAACUGAGCUUGCUUUUGGUUCAAACGUGAAAAAAAGAAAAAAAAAAGUCACCUACAGAUUUAUGUUUGAAACAAAGGAAAAUUUCAUACAGAAAUGCACAGAAGUCUGAGCCUGUGGAGGUAACUGCAAGAGCUCCUGCUGGACACUUAGGAAAAGACAGGAGUUUGAGAGCAUCUGGUUAUUCCAAAUCAGGGAGGACUUUCUUAAUAUGUAGCUAUUGCUCAAAUCUGGUAGUUUUUGGAUCAAGGGCUUUUCAAAUCUGGAAUUUGUAGAAGCAAAGUAAAAUAUUACUGCCCGACAUGUGGUUUCCAGCUGAUAAGAGUUGGGAACUCCAACUGUAGGUGGGUGUUUUAGGCUCUGCUUCACAAAGAGCAGAAUUCCAAAUUCCACAUGCAGGCAGUAGGCUGAGUGGACAGAUUCCCAAUGAGUGCACUGUUUCCAGAAAUCUCCAAAUGUACUUUCUAGGGGCCUAGGAUUUUGUGGAAUAUGUGAAAGAUAUUUAAAAAUUUCAACCCAAACUCUUGAGCUUCCUGAGUAAGGGGGUUGGUGUCUUUUCAUCUGUAUCCCCACCUCCUAGCACAGUGCCUGGCACAUAUUAGGUGCUCAAUAAAUAAAUGUCUGUUGAAUAGAACUGUUAAUCAUUUAUUAGUGAGGAAAAAGAAGUAUUAGAGACUCAAAGAUGAGUGAAAAGAGAAGAUGGCUGUUUCAUGUGAGACACGAGAGGAAGAAAUCAUGAAUAAGGUUCAGAUAAAGACAUGGGAAUACCUCUAAGUAAAAUGUGAGGAAAAGAAUCAAGCAGAGUAUUCUGUUAUAAAAAGGCAUCYUACUGUAAAUAGUCCAAGGUGACGUUUAUUAGUUUUGAAUACUGCUUUUCUGUUUUUUUCAUUUUUAUAUUUUAAAAAUUUUAUCAAAGAACAAAGAUUUAUGAACUUUUAUUUUACUCUACACAAUCCAAAUUAGACAGCUUUUGGUGAUGCACUUGUACACUUUCUUAGGAGUAUACCUAAUAGCACAUUUGAGCAGAAUCAAGCAAUGGCUAACAUUAUUCAUUGGGAUCUGGCCAUUAAAUAAAAUUCUUUU